GCCAUCUUUACCCGCAUGUUUGUCUGUUCUGUCUGGCUCCGGAUCUUACGGCAGAAGGAAGGUGAGUUAGUGUGUCGAGUGUCACCAAGACGUAAUUACUGUUUAAUUCUCUUCAAGCUCGACGCGAAAUUUCAGUAUCAAAAGUUAUCGACAAUGGCAGAUCCGGAGAAGGCAGCUGUCCCAACCAAUGAGGAGGAUAUGUCAGAGGAAGAGAUGGAGGAUGAUGAUGAGGAAGGUGGAGGACGCAAGCAGUUGGUUGACAAACUUAUGAAGGAUCCUCAGGUACUGGCUGCCCUGCAGACCAAACUUCGUCGAUUCCUUGGCACCCCGUCAGGUUACAUUAGUUCUUUACCUGUGGUUGUGAAAAAACGUAUUAAGGCGCUGAAGAAAAUUCAGCUCCAGUACACUGAAUUAGAGGCUGAUUUUUACAAGGAAGUUCACGCUUUAGAGGUAAAGUAUGAUAAGAUGCACCAAGAGUUGUAUGAAAAGCGUAAGAAGAUUGUAAAUUCUGAGUAUGAGCCAAAUGAGGAAGAGUGUGAUUUCCCCUCUGACGAUGAAGAGGAAAAGGACCUCAGUAAAGACAUGGAAGAAAAGGCAAAGAUUGAGGAUAAGGAAGAAUCAAAGGUUCAUGACUUCGAUGAAAACACAAAGGGCAUUCCAGAGUUUUGGCUGACUAUCUUCAAGAAUGUAGACUUGUUGGCCGAGAUGGUACAAGACUACGAUGAACCAAUACUUAAACAUCUAACUGAUAUUCAGCUUAAAUUCCAUGACGAUCCAAUGGGUUUCACUCUAGAAUUCAUGUUUACUGAAAAUGAAUAUUUUACAAAUAAAACUCUGACUAAAUAUUAUGAAAUGAAGUGUGCGCCGGAUAAAGACGAUCCUUUCAGUUUUGAGGGUCCAGAAAUCUUCAAGUGUAAGGGUUGUACUAUAGACUGGAAGAAGGGAAAGAACGUUACAGUUAAAACCAUCAAGAAGAAGCAGAAGCACAAGUCUAGAGGAGCUGUUAGAACUAUAACCAAGACUGUUCAGAAUGAUUCCUUCUUCAAUUUCUUCAACCCACCCCCAGUCCCCGAAGAUCCAAGCGAAGAGAUGGACGAAGAUACACAGGCCCUCUUGACAGCAGACUUUGAAAUUGGCCAUUACAUCCGUGAGCGUAUUGUUCCCAGAGCAGUACUUUUCUACACUGGUGAAGCCUUGGAUGAUGAAGAUUUUGAAGAAGAGGAAGGCGAAGAAGGGUCAAUAAUCAGUUCAGUGUAGCUCCAUAGCAUCACCCAGAACUAAAGGUGAUGAAGGGGAAGAUGAAGAGGAGGAAGAUGACCCUGAUUAUGAUCCAACGAAGGACAAGUCCAACAAGGACCAACAACCGGCUGAGUGUAAACAGCAGUGACCUUCUAGUGAGGUUUAGGUCCCCGUAAUCCCCAAUAAUUCACAAUUUUAAGUUGGCAGCAGUUUUUGAGACAUUGCUGGUCAAAGCAUUUUACACACUUGGACAAGUAUUUAUUUUUUUACACUUGAGCUUAGAUCUGAAAACUAAUUCUCUGUUGUAUUCCUUAUUGUGUUUAUUCACUUUACGUGCUUGCCGAAAUGUCUUAUUGGUAUUAGUUGGUAAAUUUUGUAGGUUAAGUUAAUGGUUUUCAGUGUCCAGGUAAAUGCAUUUGACCCUUCAUUUCUUGUUUUACCCAGUCUAGCUAGCAACAAACAUCAUGAUGUGGGCAACUAUUUUCUGGCCUUGACGUUGAUUUACAGUAAUUCCAAAGACUAUCGUAAGAGUAAAAGUAGCAGAUAGUUACCUGAAAUCUUUUUAACAGUCCACCACUCUGUGUGUUCUUAACUGGUUUUUGUUGUGCUUGGGUUGACCUGCCAAAUCUUUCCAUGAAGGGACAGCUGUAAAAUGUGUUCAAGACUUCAAGGUGUCCUAGGUGAAGCCAAAGAAGACAGUAAGAAGUUGCGAGUUUAGUCAAAAGUAAAAUUCGCCAAUUGUCUUGAACUGUUGUUCUUUCAGGCUCAGGCCACAGCCAAUGGAACUUUGAAGUUUCAUGACCACUUUGAAAAGGGUACUCAACUUCUCAUUGUGAUAAAAGUGCACUAUCUUUACAACACUUGCAAUUAUUUAAGUUAGGAUGUAAUGAAAUGUUUUUUGUACCAGUGUCACUGCAUUACUCGGAGCUUAGCAUAACUCAUACUGAUCUUUUGAAUUUUGCCUGUGUGACAAGUCAUGGAGCAAUGCAACUCAUCAGUAUGAUGUUAUAUCUGAUAUUAAUGCUGUUUGAGAGGGAGGGGCUAAUGUGGAAGCUGUUGCAUUUUAUUGUAGAGGUUUAUUAAGGAUCUCUAUUUCUAAGAGCCAUUUAUGGAUGUCUUAUACAGAAAAAUUUUUAACUUGUUUUAAACGGCAAGCUUUGGUAAUUGUAAUAGCUUUUGUUACCACAGCUGCUCAUAUAUAUAUAUAUAUUUACUCUUUUUUCAA